AUGUCUCUCGCGCCUUCGACUCCAGAUUCUUCCCGUCCGAGCUCGGUUCUCGUACAAGAGCCACCACUUCUCGACCAGUCUCAUCUCCGACCCGGCCACAAAGCUUCUCUUCUCUCACACGCACAGACUCUUGAACUAUAUCGACAGAAUGCAAAGAAAACAAACGACCCAGCAAUACAAUUCGAAUUCGCCGCCUUCAUGGUGGAAGCAUCAAAUACUAUGAAUGAUGAGAAUCCAAAAAAGAAAGACGAGUUGAUCAAGGAAGGUUUGGCUUUACUGAAAAAAUUAAGCGACAGAGGACACGCACAGUCACAGUUUUAUUUGGGCGAUUGCUAUGCUAACGGUAUUGGCACAUCAAAGGGAAAGCCUGAUUUUGAAAAGGCAUUUCCAUUAUUUGUACAUGCAAGUAAACAUGGGCAUCCUGAUGCUGCAUAUAGAGCAGCAAUGUGUUAUGAAAAUGGUAUGGGAUGCAAAAGGGAUCCUUCCAAGGCAUUGCAGUUCUAUAGAAAAGCUGCUUCAUCCCAACACCCAGGUGCCAUGUACCGUUUAGGUAUGGCCGAACUGAACGGUGGACUAUCCCUUUCCAAAAACCCUCGCGACGGAGUAAAAUGGUUAAAACGUUCCGCCGAAGCUGCAACCGAAGACUUUCCCCACGCCCUACACGAACUUGCUGAACUGCACAUAAACGGCGUCGAAAACGUCGUAUUUGUCGACAUCGAAUAUGCGGUACAACUCCUAGUUCGAGCUGCUGACUUGAACUAUGCUCCAUCUGCAUUCAAAUUAGCCGAAUGCUACGAGUAUGGCAAGUUGAUAUGUCCUCGUGAUGCAGCGUUGAGUCUCCAUUAUUAUACUAUUGCGGCACAACAAAAUCAUCCAGAGGCUUGCUUUGCCCUGACAUCAUGGUAUUUGGUUGGAUUGCCUGGGGUAUUACCACAGAGCGAUAGCGAAGCAUUUCUAUGGGCCAAGAAAGCAGCUGACCAGGGAUUGGCAAAGGCCGAAUAUGCUGUCGGAUAUUUCACCGAGAUGGGAAUUGGAGUUAAAAAAGAUCUUCUCGAUGCUCAUGCGUGGUAUAGAAGGGCGGCCGCACAUGGAGAUGUGCGAGCCCAGCAAAGAUUACAAGGCGCACCGACUACCCAAAAGAACAAUAAUAAAAAGAACGACUGUGUAAUUUCUUAA